UUUAGCCUUCAAAAUAUUUUCUUUAAUUUCUGUUUAUUAAACAUAACUCGAAACAUGUGAUUUGCAAAUUGCAACAAAUGAAAAAAACAAAACUUAUCUUUAUCUUAUUUAAUCAAAUAAAUCAUCAUCCAAUUAUAUCACCCUAAACAAAACACCCAAGCAAUCAUUCCGUACUUUUUCCCACACCCUUAUCAAUCUCUAAUUCCUCCCAUGGCGGACACCGGCGGUUCUCCGGCGAAAAUCCGACCAGUCGGUGGUACCGAAAACAGCUGGUGUAAAGCCGUAUCAGGCGGCACAGGCAUUACAGUAUUAUUCAUCCUUGUGACCCGAAAACCCGAUUUCAAUCUCCUCCAAAACUCCAUUACCAAACUCCAGAUUACCCACCCAAUUCUCCGAGCUAAACUGAAUUUUGAUCCAUCAACCUCCACAUUCACAUUUCUCAUCCCUUGUUUUUCUUCCCUCGAUUUACACUCUUUCGAUCUUCAAUCAACGAAUUCAAUAAUCCAAUCUCAUUUCGGAGGUGGGUCUAAUGUGGAUUCUUUCCAGAUCCUUCUAGAACACGAGCUAAACAACAAUCCAUGGUUGAACCUUGAUCGCUCAGAUUCAUCGAGAUCAGUUGAUGUGAUGCAUGCGAGUGUUUAUGAAAUGGAAGGUGGAAAAUGGGCAGUGAUGUUGAAGGUUCAUACAGGAGUGUGUGAUCGUACGGCUGCUGUUGCUUUGAUGAAGGAAUUGACGGCUUUGAUGAAGAAUGAUGGGGUGGGCAAUGAUGAUGAGGCGAGAGAAGUGAGUGUGGGGGUUGAAGAAUGUAUUCCUAAUGGAAAAAUGAGUAAACCCUUUUGGGCUCGUGGGGUGGAUAUGCUGGGUUAUUCGUUGAAUUCGUUUCGGUUGAGUAAUUUGGAGUUUGUUGACCCGAAUUCGGAAAGGUGUUCCCGGGUUGUUAGAUUGUUGUUGGAUUCUGAUCAUACCACCAAGUUACUAGAGGGAUGCAAGACUAGAGGGAUAAAAUUAUGUGGAGUCCUUUCAGCAGCGGCUUUGAUUGCUGCACGACUGUCCAAAUCCCUUCUUGAUGGUGAAUGGGAGAAGUAUGCUGUGGUGACUCUAAUUGAUUGCCGAAAACUUCUUGAGCCUGUCCUUUCUAACCAUCAUAUCGGAUUCUACCAUUCCGCCAUCCUCAAUACCCACGACCUGAAGGGAGGCGAGGAGCUGUGGGAACUCGCAAGAAGGACAUACACAUCUUUUGCAGACGCCAAGAACUCAAACAAGCAUUUUUUAGACAUGGCCGACCUUAACUUUCUCAUGUGCCGAGCCAUUGAAAACCCAGGUUUGACUCCAUCAUCAUCAUUAAGAACUUCCUUCAUCUCAGUUUUUGAAGAUCCAGUGAUUGACAAUGAUGAAGCAAACGAGAAGAAUAAGGAACUCGGGAUAGAAGACUACUUAGGUUGUGCUUCGACUCAUGGCGUGGGCCCAACCAUUGCCAUAUUUGAUACAAUUAGGCAUGGCAAACUGGAUUGUGCAUGUGUGUACCCAUUUCCCUUGCAUUCAAGAGAACAAAUGCAAUCCUUGAUUGAUGAUGUGAAGAGAAUUCUUAUUGAGUGCUUGUAAGUUGUAAAUUAUAAGAAAUAAUUUGUAUUGAGUAGCAAUGGAAAUAAUUUAAAUGAUUUAACAUCCCUUCAGCUUUGUUUUUGAUAUCUCUAUUAUUUUAUUUUUGUAGCUUUAAAUUUACCGAAUGAUUUUACAUUUUUUGAAUAAAACAAGUUUGGGGUUAUUGAUAA